AUGGCCGAGGAAGCAGAAGCCGAUCGCUAUAUGGAUGAACUUUGGGGUAUUUGCUUGCAACGGUUCAUGGUAGAUGCCCUCUCAUGCCCUCGCAACACUUAUCCCACAGUACAUCACAUCGGAAAGCUCUUCGAAAAUCUCGCCCACAUGCUUCCCCGCGAAAAGCUUUCGACAGGGAUGAUACAAAGUGGAUUCCAUCAUAUCGUCCGCUGGGCAAAUGCCUCUUUUGAAGGAUGGGUGCUGACCGAGAGCGAUGUUGAAGCCCUGAACGCCAAAAUCCAAUACCUCGUUGAGCACCAAGUUGCUAUCAAUGACGACCAUGAUGUCGAUGGCGAGAGAUUGUUGGUGUCAAUGAACCUAGCCGCCACGUUGAUUAGGAUCCUAUUACAGCAGUCGAUCGAUGAUGGGGCCAUCAGUUGGGAUUCCACGUUACAGGUACUAUUGUCCAUUGCAUUGAUUUCAGCAACUGGGGCAAAGGCAGGAGAUAUGUCUCAGCAUCGGUGCCACCAGGGUAACAAAUGUCUCUGCUGGGAACAUAUCUCCAUUUCAUGGAAACCUGAGACUGGCCGAUUGGAAGCCGUGAUAUCAUUCAAAUUCUGUCAUCGUUUCAAACAAGACCCGGAUGUCAACCUGACAGUCACACUUCAAGAGAUUCAAGACCCCUCGAUUGGCUACGCUUGUCCAAUUAACAUACUUCUUGUUUGGGCACUUCGCACCGGCGCCGUCCGCCAGACAUCAAUGAAGCAACUGCAUGACUAUAUUGUGAAUCAUCCGGACAACAACAAAAUCUGGUGCCGGCCGACUGAUCCAGUCUUAUGCUCCUCUAGUGUCGGUUCAGGGGUCCUGAAUUUCGACACGCCCAUUCAACUCCGGUCAUUGCAGAACCUGUUCAAGACACUCACAAAAACUGUUGGUUUGAUGGAGAAAGGUGAGCUCGACUCCGGCUCUCGAUCCCAGUUAGAACUUGCAGAUGGGUAUCCCCAUAAGCAGAUAUCAAAGAGGACCAGGAACUCGCGAGGGGAUGUCCUCCGAUUAUGCCAAGAGUUAGGCCUCAAUCCCGGCGAUCGCAAAGAGCGAGAUAGAGCUUCGAAGGAACUCAGAAAGCGAAAUGAGCUUGGUCACCACCCCAUCAACCUGUCUUCAGCCCACGGUGGUACCAAUACAUUGUAUGAUCCCACUCCAAUUGACCCCAACAAUGAGGCCAUCCUGAACGACUCUAUGAUCGACAGGAACAGACAUGCCGAAAAUGAUGCCAUUACGGAUAAGUGGCUGUUGCAGCAACUGGAGACAGGUUGUGUGCACGGAAUGGCUCGCGCAACACAUCUUCUAAGUAACCCUACUGUUCUCGGCAAGCGAAGUGGAACAUUCUUUCAUGGAGACAUCCAAGCCAUGUUCAUCUUGUUAUCACGUAUCAACGAGUAUAGAUAUCAACACGACGACGACGAAGCAUUGCCAUCGACCGCCCGGCAUGGUGGGAGCAGAGCCGAGCCGACACGUUUCCGAUAUUUGUGCAAAGAAGAUGGAUGUGAUACGACCAGGUCUACGUUGAAGGAAAUGAACAGCCACGUAUUGAAAUAUCAUGGCGCUGGAUCGGAUUGA